CCGCUAUUUUGCCUCGUGCGAUUCCCAGGCUGGGAAGUCUUCCAUCUCUCAACCUUUUGGCCAUUUUCUCCCCGCUCUCGCAAACAAGAGAAGACAUUCUCUCCGGCUCCCCCCCAUCCGCCACGACCCUGCUGCACUGUCGUCGCCAUUCCACUGUGCGCACUCGGCCUCGCGAGGCUGGCUCAUCCCGCGCGUGCGGUGUGUCUGAGGGGAGGAAGAAGCCGGCUGUUGUCUGCGUCGACUCGUCUCAUUUCCGCGGUCGGUCACCACGGUCCAGCUGGUGCGUGCGCCCACCAAAAUCGGGGUCCCAACUUUUUUUUCCCUCAGCCGCUCGAUUGCCCAUCAGCUUCCAUCUUAUCAUAUCAGAUCCUCCUCGCCCGCUUUUUUCCCUCCUGCCAGAAUCCACCUGCAUCAUCACUUUCGCUCCGCAGACGCAAAUCUGCCUCGACCCUGCGACGCUGCGUUUCGCGGUUCACCUCAACGCCGCUCAAAUGUCUGCUUCCGCGCGAGAAACUGACAUCGGUCCCCCAUGCGCAGGACCUCUGUCUACCAUGACGCGUCUGGCGUCAACAAUGCCGUCUCUUCGUGACGACGGCGCUCGCCCGCAGCCCUCGACCGCAUCGCCUCCUCGACUGCCACCUUCCGACCAUCACGCCACCGAGCCAGCAAUCCCCGAAGAACCAAAGGACGUGCCCCAAUUCACCAUCUCGCCGACAAACACGACCGUGUCAGACCACUCCUCGGCCGACAGCCAUGCCUACACAAGUUCCGGCGAGUCGUUGAUGUGGUCGGAGAAGGGUGACUCCACCGCCCCCUCGACCCCCGCCUCCGAGCCCCAGGUCGAGUCGCCGACGCUCGAAGAUGUCGUCGACAAGGUCGCCGAGCUGCCAGCGGCUGCAAUCAACUUCACUGGCACCUCUGCGUCGCCGCAGACCCCGCGCAAGCGCCGCGCCUCGACGCAGCUCAUCGCUCAAAGCGGGGACGACAUACGCAGGCUGCUCGGUGACGGCGAGACGGGCACCAAGCUGAUUGAAAAGUACUGCUGUGGCGGCGGUUGCUGCAUGCUGCAAGCCCUGCCUUCUGACACGUCGCGGCCGGGUUUCACGCCCGUCGUGCUGCCAGACAACGAUGCAUUCCGCGCGCUGCAGCUCAAGAUUGGCGCCCUCUCCCUCGACACGGAGCUGACCAACGUUGCACCGCUUCCCCAGUGCACCGUCUCUCUCGAGCCGCUCCGCUCAUCCGAGAUCCACCACACGACUACCGUCCAUACACACCCUCCCAAGUUCGUGCAGCCUCAUCCUCCGUACGACGUUUUUUCCGCUCCCGUCUACGGCGCCCGCGAGCUCACCAAGCCCGGCGCGGAAAAGCGGACUUUUCACUUCGACAUUGAUGUGACAGACUACCCUGAUGAAGGUGGCAACGUCGACUUCAAGGUUGGCGGUGCCAUUGGUGUGUGUCCGCCCAACGACGCGGAUGUCGUCGACGACAUCUUCAACAUGCUUGGCGUGCCGACAUUUGUGCGCGACAAGCCCGUAUUGCUGAAGACGACGGGUGGCCGCUGGCCAACUAUCUGGGGCGAGGACAAACCCCGGGAGCUGGUGACGACACGUCGCGAGCUUCUGACCUGGUGCUCCGAUGUGCAGAGCCAGCCGCCCACCAAGCCGCUGCUCAGGCUGUUGGCAGAGCACGCCGACGCUCUGAACGAGCGAAAGCUGCUCGAGUACCUAGUCUCGGCGCAAGGCCAGGCCACGUUCUGCGAUUUGCGGACGGGCCCGCACGUCACGCUCGCUCAGCUUCUUCACGCGUUCCCCUCAUCGAAGCCACCGCUCCCUGCGCUCCUCUCUGUCCUCCCCCAGCUCAUGCCGCGUUUCUACUCGCUCAGCAACGACCCACAUAUCUCGUCGGAACGCGACGGUCUCGCCGGAAGACGCAUCAUCGAGAUGGCCGUCAGCGUCCACGAAGAACCUGACUGGCGCGGUUCCAAGCGCACCGGGGUCGGUAGCGGUUUCCUCAAGCGCAUUGCCCUGAAAUAUAUCGAGGCAGAGGCUUCGGGCAUGUCCUCCAAGACGGGUGGGCCGAUCGCAGCACAGAUCCUCGACCUUCGUGUGCCAAUGUUCCGCGGCCUCAUGGCCAAUCCCCUCAGCCGAGAGUUCGUGUCUGACGGGCCAAUGAUUCUCAUAGGUGCGGGUGUCGGCAUGGCACCUUUCCGCGGCUUCAUCCUGAACCGUCUCAAGAACGCCAACUGCGCGAACAAAGUUUGGCUUAUCCAGGGUGUUCGUGAUUCGAUGCUCGACGAGCUGUACUCAGGCGAGUUGGGCGAUCACGAGCGUGAGAUUAAGAAGGUCGUUCAGUCGCGCAAAGCAAAUCGUCAUGGCAACGAGGCCAGAUAUGUUCAAGACGAAGUACGCCAAAGUGCAGACAUUGUGUGGUUCGUUGCCAACGCUCUUGACGGACGGGUCUUUGUCUGCGGCUCAAGCAAGGGUAUGGGCGAAGGCGUGCACAACGCUUUGUGCGAUGUCGUCAUGAAGAAGGGCGGGCUCAAUAGGGAACAGGCGGAGGAGUUUUGGAAGAGCAAGAAGGAGGGCGGCCAGUACAUUGCCGAAACUUGGUGAAAGAUGAGAAAAGAAGAAUAUCAAAAAAUAAAAAGGAAACAAACGAUCGAAAGCAAUCAACAUUAAAUUCUGCUGCCUACAUGCAAGCGCAGACGCACGCACGACCAACGUGCGAGCUCGCGACAAAGGUAUCUGACAUGCAGCGUUAUUCGGCGUCCGCUUCCUUCCGCGAUCGUCUCACCUGGAACAUUUCCCCUUGUUCGUCCGUCGCCCGAAACGCCGCGGACUUUCCAUGCAACUCAUCUUGGUUCGGACGCGCGGGAACAACGAACAAAAGUAUCCUCUGUACAUAUGGGACUGGCUAUCUGGUAUUUUGGGCGUAUGAUUCUUCUGUGAUUUUCUCAUUCUGCGAUCAUGAUUGGGAAGUAUUUGCACUUGGGGUCCGGAGUUUUCUGUACCGCGUUGCGAGAAAAUUCUGUACAAAAGUGCUUUGCACCUUUUUUUUUUUCUUGGCCUGCUUUCCGCCUUUUGAAUUCGGUUUCAUUCAUGAGACGAGUUAAGGAGGGGUGGUCAAAUUUUAACUGUUUUUUUUUUUUGGGAGCGUUUGGGACUACCCUAGAUCGUACGCUGCGUCUUCCUGUCAGGUUACUUGGACACUUGCAAAGAUAUCAUGGAGGGGUGGAAAAACAAAAGCAGCGACGCAUGUUGAUGAUCAAUACUUUUUUUUCAUAUGGGUGGUCAGCUCUUGGUUCCAUUUGCUCUCGUUUCCUCCUAACCUCGACGUCUGGGCGGAAAUCUUGUACUUGUUUGCUGUGAAGCAUUUGGGGGCGUGGCGGAUGGAGUUUGUUGUGUUGAGGCAUGGAAGGCUACGAUCUUGUAUCGAGAUGGAUAGAGAAUGGAUACAUGCAUUCGAAUGAGGAGCUCUUUCUUUUCCCCA